GAAACCUGAAGUUUUCAAAACGGAGCCAGCCUCUUUUCAUGUACGUCCCGCGGCCGCAAAAGCGUCCAAAAUGUACAAAGCAUCAAGCAAGGAAUUUCACCAACCCACUGUCGCACCACCACUAGACACAAUUCCCACUCUCUUGCUGUUGAUUUAUACCCUCCUCCACUUCACAAACCUCACCAACUCACUCACUAUUACAUGGGAGACGACACCAUCAUGCCAUUAACAGAGGCCUGGAACACCACCGGCGGCGGCGGCAUUCACGUCCACCACAGGGCCAUCGCCCACAUGACCUUCUACUGGGGUCACAAAACCGAAAUUCUCUUCAAGGGCUGGCCUGGUUCCAGCUCUGGCAUGUACGCUUUGGCCUUGAUCUUCGUCUUCACUCUGGCGGUGAUCGUUGAGUGGUUCAAUUAUUGCAGCAUCAUCAAGCCCGGAACGAAUAAGGUCGCUGCGGGGUUCUUUCGGGCUGGCAUGUAUGCGGUGCGUUCUGGACUGUCUUACUUGGUGAUGCUUGCGGUCAUGUCUUUUAACGGCGGUGUUUUCCUUGUUGCCGUCGCCGGCCAUGCCGUUGGGUUCGUGCUUUUUGGGAGUCGGAUUUCUAAGAAUUCGGAGAAGAAGCCUGAUCUUCCUGCGAUUAAUUUUAAAUGCUGAAUUUUUGUGGAGGCGAGCUUUGAGUGCUAAAUGAUUGAGUUCUUAUUCUUGAUAAUUAUAAUUAUCUUCAAAUUUCAAUAAUGAAACUCUGUCGAUAUAUACUGCGGAAACUAUGAUACUGCUUUUUGUCUUCCAUGCUGCGAAAAAGAAAACAAAUUAUUAUGAAAUAUUAUUAUUAUUAUUAUUAUAAUAAAAGGGAAAAGAGUUUUUUCUUUGCGA